AUGCCGACACAAGUUGAACAGAAGACUAUAGACCCAGAAGCAGAACUAAGCAAUGUCCAAAGAACGUUCCAAAAAUUGGCACCGACGUGUAGCGUUGAGAAAAGAGCGGGAGGUGAACCACAGUUGGCGCCACAAGAGAAACAACUGGCUAUAUUGGCCGCUGAACUGAGAGAAACACUACUCUGUAUUAAUUUGGCCAAAAAAGGUCAACACGCACUCAGAGAUAAUGUCACUAAAAGCGGCACAUGCAAGUCCAUCGUGGAUUAUGAACAGCUUGAAGGACAGUUAAGAGAUGAACGAGCUCAGAGGGCUGAACUAGACUGUUUGAACUAUCUCGCGCAGAAACAACUUGUGGAACUACUGAAGAAAGUACCCACAGAAGCUGAUGAACUAGCGAUGAUUGAAAAUGCGAAUAACCGUCUAAAGCGUAUGGAAAAUCGUUUGGAUUUAGCGACAAAACGCUUCUGUCUAGUCAAUACUGACAAUAAGAAAGUCCGCGAAGAAAUAGAUCGGCUACUUGUUGAAAGGAACGAUUUUAACAUCCAAUGGAACCGUACCAUUGGGAAACUUGUUAAAGGCAAGGAAUAUCUAAUGGAUAUAUUUGAGAUCGCUACCAACGCUUUCGGAGAUAGAGACGAGUGCUGUCGCAAACUAGAGGCACUGAAAUGGAAGGGACUGUUUCAACUUAACAGAGAUAUAUCGGAAAUGCAAUCGUAUGAAGGAGAGUUGAACCAUUUAGCAAAACUCGAGGAAUUUCUUCGCGUCAAAGGUUCAAGACGAAUCUGUGAAGCUGAUGAGAAGGAGGAGGUCAAGAGACAGGAGGAAAUUCAGAGAUGCGAACAAGAAAUAUCCAGACAUGACGCUCUCUUAGAGGCGAUAUUCAGCUACGCCGGUUCCGAUCGCCUAACAACCAUUAUAAGCAACUUCGAAGCUACGGAAAUACAGAACUUUUCCAUAUUCGUUCUCCUUUGUGAAGUUCUACAAGAUUCAAUUUUCUUGAGACGCGAUCUUGAUUUACUUCGACAAAAAAUAAUCGAUCAGCGAGAUAUUAACGAAGCUCGCGAGGAAUACCAGGCGAGGAGAUUAAACGAACUGACAGCGGCCCUACAAGCACAGCGUGAUAGGACCUCGAAGAAACGUGAUGAAGACGCGGCCGCUGAAGCCACGGUCAUGAAAGUCCUUAAAGGCAUCGACGACCUCGUCAGAAUAGCGAGAUGCGAGGUGACCCCACUCUUGUCACUUCUGGGUAAUCACAAGGAGGUGACUAAAUGGAAUGUGAGCAAGUUUCUGAAGAUUUUGGAGGCGGAGGUGAAGAGUCUCAUUGAAGUCGUGUAUGGGGCAGUUAAGCCACCAGCACCUACGCCGAAAGGGCGUAAGGGUUCUCCACAAACGUCCACGAAGCUCGUGGCCGAUCCAUACGUAGAGACACUGAGACCCAAUAGAAUUGAAAAGCUGGUCCCAUAUCAACCGUGUGCAUAUUGCGUUGAAGAUUACAUCAUGAACCUGGUGUUUGAGACGCCCGCUGUUCCAGCCGAUAAAGAGUACAUCGAGGGCAUUUUCCACCUCGAAGAUAUCAACACCAAGUUUGGGAUAUUCACAUUGACGAUUCCUGCGAAACGUCAUCCGUACAGAGGAGGGAAGAAAGAUUGA